GUGCUGCCAUUUGAAGAUAAUUUAUGUGUUCAAGAGCCUUGUAUUAAUUUUGAACAGUGUCUGUCAGUUCUUAAGUUUAGUAAUGCUUCUGAUUUCAUUUCUUCUGAUAUGUACUUUUUUAGGUCCAUCGUUCCCAUCAACACAUUUGCUUGCAUCUGCCCUAUUGGUUUCACAGGAAUGAAGCACAAGUAUGAAUGUGACACUGAAGUGAAUCUUUGCUACUCCAAUCCUUGUCUGGAAGGAGGCACUUGCAUCAGACGAGAAGGCGGAUUUUCUUGCUUAUGCAAGGAAGGUUAUACUGGUGAAAAGUGUGAAAUCUCCCUUUCCAAUAACAGCUGUAGUUAUCGUCUUUGCCGGGCCGACUCCCAAUGUGUUUCCAGUGAUGUUGGUAUCUCGUGCAGGAAUUGCUCUGCUGAAACAUGGACUACAAAAUUAUGCGAACUUAGAGCUCGUAGCUUCGAAAAAGGGUCAUAUUUAACCUUCCCAUCUCUAAAACAACGACAUAGGCUUUCUGCAUCUAUGAAAUUCGCAACACGAGAGAGGCAUGCUCUACUGCUUUACAACGGGCGCUACAAUCACGAACAUGAUUUCAUUUCAUUGGAAAUCCGACACGCGCAACUUCUUUUCUCUUUCUCUCUUGGUGAUCAAGUGUCCAGAGUCUCAACAUUUGUUCCUGGAGGAGUGAGUGAUGGACAAUGGCACACGGUGGAUAUAUCGUAUUUCAAUAGGACUGCAGUAGUUAGCGUUGAUAAUUGCGACACAGGACUGUCACUGAAAUUUGGAAAGCAGAUUGGAAAUUAUUUUUGUGCCAAUACAACUACUCGGGAAUUAGACAAAAAGUGUGCGGACUUUAUGCAAACCUGUUAUAGAUAUUUAGAUCUAACUGGACCACUUCAAAUAGGUGGACUGCCUGCUGUACUGAAUGAUUUUCGAAUUCAAAAUGCUCAUUUUUCUGGUUGCAUUAUGGACUUAUAUGUGGACAAUCAAUUAGUGGAUCUAAAUGA